UCAUGAAGCUCGCUACCUUCUUGACGCUCUUCAGCUUCGGCGUCUCUGUUAUGGCAGCAUCUGCCGCUGACUGGCGCUCGAAGUCUAUCUACCAAGUCCUGACCGAUCGAUUCGCACGUACCGAUGGAAGCACCACAGCCGCCUGCAAUCCCGUCGGCAAAUACUGUGGUGGCACUUAUCAAGGCAUCAUCAAGCAACUGGACUAUAUCCAGAACAUGGGCUUCACUGCCACCUGGACACCCUACGGCGAACCAUGGCACGGCUACUGGCAGCAAGAUCUGUACAAGCUCAACAGUGCUUUCGGCACUGCAGACGAUCUCAAGGCUUUGGCUACGGCUCUACACAACAGAGGCAUGUAUCUCAUGGUCGACAUUGUUGUGAACCACAACGGGUGGAACGGCAAUGCGAGUUCAGUCGACUACAGCAUGUUCAAGCCCUUCGACAACGUCGAGUACUACCACAACUUCUGUGAUGUCGACUACAGCAACAACACCAGCAUCCAAGACUGCUGGUUGGGCGACUCGAACGUGGAGCUUGUCGAUCUUCGAACAGAAGACGCUGUAGUCGCACAAGAGUACCAGACAUGGAUUCAGCAGUUGGUCGCCAACUACUCCAGUAAGUCANUCGAUGGCCUCCGCAUCGAUACUGUCAAGCAUGUCGAUACUGCAUUCUGGCCUGAAUUUGGAGAAGCCGCUGGUGUGUUCGUCACGGGCGAAGUGACCAACGGCGAUCCAUACGGUCUUUGCCCUUACCAAAACUACAUGGAUAGUGUUCUGAACUACGCAAUGUACGUCCAGAGCCUGAAAAAUAUGCAUUCAACUUCCUUACACUAUUCAGGUNAUUAUGCGGCCACGGAUGCCUUCUCCUCGACUGCUGGAAGCCUGUCCAAGUUCGUGAAUCAACUGAACAAUAUGAAGAGCCAAUGUAAAGACACCAGCGUUCUUGGAUCUUUCUCGGAGAACCAUGACCAGCCUCGCUUUGCAUCGUUGACCGACGACAUGUCCUUGGCUAAGAACAUCAUCGUCUACACAAUCAUGGGCGACGGGAUUCCCAUCAUAUACGAAGGUCAGGAACAGCACUACAGCGGUGCAGAGGACCCCUACAAUCGUGAAGCUGUCUGGCUGAGUCAAUACAACACCGGCGCACCUCUUUACACUCUCACAGCAAGCGCAAACCAGAUUCGCAAUCAUGCGAUCUUCGUCGAUGGAGACUGGCUUACUUACCGGAACUGGGUCAUCUACAGCGACAGCGCCAACAUCGCUAUGCGCAAAGGAUAUGACGGGUACCAGACCAUCACUGUUCUGACCAACAAAGGUGCCAGCAGUGCUGAGUACACUCUCAGCGUUACUAACACUGGAUAUGAAAGUGGUACGGAGGUUGUGGACGUCCUGUCCUGCGAAGCUUUGACUGCAGGAAAGGAUGGAACCCUUACGGUGUCCAUGUUACAAGGUCUUCCCAAAAUCUACUAUCCGCUGGAACUGUUGGAUUGCAGUGGCAUCUGCGGAUAC